AUGUUAAGCAUCUUCCUUGCCCAUUCGCUUUCGUGGAACGAUGAAGCAUUGACUGUUGCUAUGGAAGUAUAUUUCCGUGGAACAGGCGAUGAUGGGAAGAAUUUUAUCAAACAGCUUUUGAGCAUCACAGGCGAGAAUUUAGACAGACUCUCAUUGUUCGGAUCAUGGAUAGACUAUGUUGAACGUGCCCCAUUUAACACAAAAUGCUUCAAUCAUUGGAGAUCAACUAAAAAAGGAAUUCCAAAAGGUUCUAAAAACUACACUACUGAAGAUUUAGAUUCUAUGUUAGCAUCAUUUGAAAAGAGUCUCUUACCACAAACAAUAACAGGUGCUUGGACAACAAUUACAGCGUAUAAAUCAUACUUUGCUUUAUACUUAGAAGCUUUCGAUCCAACAAAUGUUGCAAACUACCACUCUGAUCAAUUCAUUGAUGGAGAUAAUAACGGUAGAGAUUUUAUCGUUGAAUAUAAUGGGUCAAAAAAAAUCUUCAUGAUUUCUGGGGAUCAUUAUGCGGACAACUGA